AUGAUUGUAUGUUGUAGGUACGAAACCUCUUUGAACGAAUGUUAAAGUAAAUAAAGAUGUCUGAAUACGACAAUGUUUGUCGAGGUUCAUUAAAAUUAAAAGGUGUUUCAGAUCAUAAAAUUAAAAAGAAGAAGAAAAGGAAGGAUAAAGACAAGGAGCUUGACAAGUACCUGCAGAGUCUGGCAGAGACGCCUGGCACAUCAGAGCAGCAGCCUGCGCAGAGGGCUGACACACGGACCAAGGCAGAGAUUGCCUUUGAGAAGAGAAAGGAGAAGAAGAUGGCCCAGCAAAUCCUGGAGAGGGCAACAAAAAGUCACAAAGAAAGAAUUGUAGAGUUCAACCAGCACCUUGACAAUCUCACUGAGCACUUUGACAUCCCCAAAGUGAGCUGGACAAAGUGAGGGACAUUUGGGUCAUGGUGGGACACAAGCUGUGUGUGGAAGGAAGAACUCUCAGCUUCUGUGUUCAGUGAUCACUUAAUGGCUAUGCUUUUAGCACUGUUAAAUAAUUUAUAUUUGUCAGCGUUACAUUUUGUGAGUUUUCAAAAAAUGUUUUGUGGACAUGGAUUUCUGAUUUUGAAAAAAAAGGUAUUUGCGUUAGUAAUUUUCCGAUAUAUUAAACUCGUUGAUCGGGCAACCCACAAAAUCCACAAAAAAAGAAUGUUGUACGAAUUAUAAUGAUUUUACAGUAUAUGUAAACACUAAUUGUAUGUAGACGAUAGUUUGAAAGAUGAAUCAGCCUUAAAGUCUUGGAUUUGAGGUUUAUCCCUAACCCUUACCCUAACCCCUAACCCUAACCCUAACCCUAACCCUUGGAAAACUGGGCUUAAUACUUGUGCAUAAAGUGUCGUCCCAGAUAAGAUUGUUAAAUCUGCUCAAGCUAAUCAGCAACAACUCUUUCAACUGUAAUGGAUUUUUUUUUAAGGUUGUCUCAUCUGAGCAAAAAUCCCGUUUAGGUGGAUAGUGUUAUCACUGAUUAGCCCGUACAGGCUGCAUAUGCUAAUCUUGAACGAAACUUUAUGUACAUACAUAAAUCUCCCUUAGCCCAGAGCAUGGCUCAUUUGUUUUCACCUGUUAUAUUGACAUAGGUCUUAGGUAUAUGAUGUGUUGGCCCAUUGGUGUGUAUAUAAAAUACAAAUUAACACAUACUAGUAGCAUCAGAAUUGGCUUAGCUCUGCUUCUGCAAUUGAUUUACAAAUUGGUGCACACUGUUAUUAUUCCUUUCUGAAUUUGUCCACUUGGAUUUUUUUAUAAUUAUUAAUGCUGCAUGUAUCUCAUUGAUCAGAUGAUAAAACUUGUAUGCAAUUAUUUUUACUUUAUUUGAAUUGUUUGUACUGUGUUUUCGGGUAUUGUAAUUAUAUUAUUAACUAACAUUUAUUUCUUCAACUGUUUAAAUGAAAAUGGUGUGAUGUAAAAUAAUGUCUAUUGUCAUGCUCUGUCUUACAAGUUUCACAUUUUGAAAUGUAUGUUUGUAAUUAAAUUAAAUUAACAUAAA